GAUAAAGUCGUGGUAAGGAAUGUGAUGGUCAUUUAAAAAAUAAAUACUAUGUUCAGCCCUAUUUAACGUUCAUAGUAAAGUUUAUGCAAUAAACAUAAUCGAAUCUGCUACUCUGAAAACGGAAGCUACUGGAUGCUUGGUUGUUGAAUUAGACGUUUGACGUUUCAGAUUACCGCUUUCGUUCCACUAGCUAGCUAUUCUUACAGCGGACUAUUUGUCCACUCAUGCGCUAGGCCUUAUGUUAAACUAUUUGACAACCGCGUCCAGAUUAUUUYUCCGAAACACCGUGCCCAUCUCGACGAGGGGUAACUACAACAUAAUUUGUCGGUUUUACAGGAGAAUGGAUCGAGCCGUGGUAAGAUGUGUCCCGUGGGAAUCCAAACUCACUAUUUCCUUCGUCCUUGAUGGGAGCAACAAACACAUGCUCAGGGACCAGACGGAGGAGCUAGGCAAAGCACUGGCACGGAUMGCAAACAGUAUCAUCAAGGGCCAGGGCAAAGCUAAAAAAUAUAAGAAAAACAAAGGUGCGCCCACAGACGCCCAGGAGCCCGCWGCAGCGGUGAGGCUGUUCUACAACGGAGACUUUGUGGCAGAGGAUGCUAUAAACUCCGAUGCCUGGCAGGAUGGGGCAGUUUUACACGUGGGGGACAGUAAGUACACAGUGGAGAGGAACCCUCCCACAUUCACCACGGCAGAGCUGCCCGCUUCUCUACUGGCCGGGUUCCCCGUGUGCCCGAAGCUCAAGGUAGAAUUCGGGGAUUUGAAAGACUGUCAGUUUAAAUGGUUCAAGGAGAGCAAGUCCGGUGCAGGUGACGAGGAGCGUCGUGGAGAGAAUGGUUGGACCGAGGCGGGGAGCGAACGGGUGUUUAUCCCSUCCAAUAUGGACAUUGGCUCCAAGCUUAAACUGACAUGCACGCCGGGUGACGGCAAACGGUGUGGGAYGGACAAGGAGUUAGUAACCACCGGUACAGUCGAGGCAGGGCCUGGUUCCUGUACCUUUGACAACAGACACAUGUACACCAACAAGGUCACAGAUGACAUGACCAUCAGAGUAGUGUCAUACAACAUCUUAGCUGACGUUUACGCACAAACAGACCUCUCCAAAACCGUCCUGUACCCUUAUUGUACUCCCUACGCAUUGGAACUGGACUACAGGCAAAGUCUGAUCAAAAAAGAACUGUCCGGCUAUAACGCUGACGUCAUCUGCCUUCAGGAAGUGGAUAAGAACGUGUUCUCCGACAGUCUGUCUCCGGCCCUGGAUGCGUUCGGCUUUGACGGGGUCUUCAGGAUWAAGGAGAAGCAGCACGAAGGUUUGGCCACCUACUACAGGAGGUCAAAGUUUAAACUACUCAGUCAACACGACAUCAUGCUGAGUGAAGCGCUGACGUCAGACCCUAUCCACGAAGAACUGUUGGACAGAGUGAACAGCAACCCUGCCUUGAAGGAGAAGGUGAUGCAGAGAUCUACCACACUACAGGUACAGUAGUGUCCUUCACUAUCUGACGAUACAUCCAAGAAGAUCUGUGUUGCCAACACCCAUCUACUGCAUCCCAAAGGUGGGAAUGUGCGUCUGGUCCAGAUGUCAGUAGCUCUGAAACAGCUGCAGCAGGUGAUCACCCAGAGUUACCCCGACGCCUCGCUCCUCUUCUGCGGGGACUUCAACAGCACCCCGUCCUCGGGGGUCUUCCAGCUGGUGAGCCAGGGGGUUCUGCACAGCACCCACCCAGACUGGCGCUCCAACGGACCGGACGAGCUCUGUCCCAUGGAGGUCUCCAACCCCUUCCAGCUGAGUAGCGCCUGCGGGGAGCCGGCCUAUACUAACUACGUGGGGGGAUUCCACGGCUGCCUGGACUAUAUCUUCAUGGACCCGCGGGUGCUGCAGGUAGAUCAGAUGAUCCCUCUGCCCAGCCACCAGGAGAUCACUACCUGUCAGGCCCUCCCCAGCGUCUCACACCCCUCUGACCACAUAGCACUGGUCUGUGACCUCAGGUGGAACUGAAGCUCUCCCCUCUGUAUAC